UGUACGUGUGUGUAUGUGUGUGUGUGUGUGUGUGUGUGUGUGUGUGUGUUUCCAUCAGCUGCAGGUAAGGCCUACCACUGUGCCAGAUAGCCUGUCAAGUUCUGCUUCUGCCACUGCCUCUGCUACAACAGCUACGGUACCUGUUUCUAGUCCCAUUGCUGCACAAGACCGCCAAUCAAGUUCAGCUUCUGCCACUGCCCCUGCCACGACUGGCUCUCCUGCAGGAACUAGACUGCAGAUGAGGCCUACCACUGUACCCGAAAGUCUGUCAAGUUCUGCUUCUGCCACUGCCUCAACUACAACAGCUGUGGUACCUGUCUGUAGUCCCAUUGCUGCACAAGACAGCCGCUCAAGUUCAACUUCUGCCACUGCGCUUGCCCUUGCCCCUGCUUCUCCUACAGCAACGAGACUGCAGAUAAGGCCUACCACUACCUCAGAAAGCCUGUCAAGUUCUGCUUCUGCCACUGCCUCUGCUACAACAGCUACGGUACCUGUUUCUAGUCCCAUUGCUGCACAAGACAGCCAGUCAAGUUCAACUUCUGCCACUGCCCCUGCCGUGACUGGCUCUCCUGCAGUAACUAGAGCACAGGCCACAGGAGCUGCAAGCACAGCUGUUUCAUCCGUUGGUAGAGGAUAUCAUGUCUUACCUGCUAUGCCAACCCCAACACAGAUUGCAAACAUCAGGAUACGCAGAAAGUGGAACAAGUCUGAAGGACAGAAGCAUGGUAAUCAUGCCAUGCUUGCCACGUACAGUGACAAACUGGUUGCUGUGUGGCGUGAUGGUGUGUACAUCUCCAAUAUCAUGGAGACAUCAGACUUGCAGACAUGGCACAGUAUUGACCUACCAAGUGAAUACAGUGAGCUGCAAGCCCCAUCACUGGCAUCCCAUGGUGGUAUGCUGUACAUGCACUGUAACACAUACACCAAGAGCACCAACACACGGGUGUACUCUAUUCUGCAGUACUGUGACACACCAGAUAACGGUGAUGGCAGCCGCAGUGGUGGUGAUGGUGGUCAGUGGACCAAACUUACGGACGUCCCGUCGCACUGUAAGCAUGCCUGGUGUACUCUACAUGUAGGUGCUGAUGCUAUUUCUCUAUAUGGUGGCAGGCAUUAUGGAACAGAUCAAAAUAAUGUUAGUAUCUAUUCUCUAGCUAGCAAGCAGUGGAGCUCUUCUUCUUCACCAUCCAAUACUAGCCUAGUAUUGCCUUCAUUGCCACCACCAUGCAGCGAAGCAUCACUUGUUACAUUCCCUGAUUCACUGUACUUAGCUGGUGGUGUUACUGGUUGUUUUCUCAAACACCAUGAUGGUAGGUGGGUGUCCACCACUCCACCUGAUGGUGUUAAGCUGAAGUUUAGUGCAGCAUGCGCACUGUCUGACCAUUGCAUGGUUAUUUGCCCCAACACUCCUUCUGCCAAGUGUGUGGUAUAUGAUAUUUCAUCUGGUGAGGUCUAUCCACUACCAGCUAUGCCAGAGUACAGUUGUUACACUCCAUCACUCACACUGUUUGGCAGUACACUGGUACUCAGUGUAGGUGACAGUGACACUCCUGGUUCUCUGUACACACUGGAUAUGAGUGUGUGAGUGUAGUAGGUUACUAACUACAGUCAAUCACUGAUGAUAACUACAGUAUGCAAACUGUACUGCUUUUCACUUUCUUUCUAUUAUCAGAAAGUUGCUAAUCUUUGUUUUCACAUCUCUCUGGUUGUCAAGUAAUUGUCUAGUUUUACGCUGCCUAAUCCCCUGUAACAUAUACCCAGAUUGGUUGAGUGAAUAUUACUCUUACCUCUAUAGUCACCUCCAAACUUACCCAUUCUUUCCUUGAUGCCUCCACAGCAGGAAUGUGAAUUGUGAACUGAAAACUA